CUUAUUAAUAGGUAGCUAUAGUACGUGCUUUGUGCUCAAACGACUUUUGGAAUGGGAAAUUGUAAUUAUGCAACAUAGUAUUAAUUUAUUAUGAUAUUAUUAUUGCGAAACAGCGUCGGCUCGUGAACCAUUCAGAAAUCUCGAGCAAAAUGCUACGGACGUUGGCGGUUUUGGCUUUCGUCUGUCUGUCCAUAGUUCUCGCGAACCACACGAUUUCGGAUGAUCGUCGAAAUGUCUCUCAUAUCGACGAGGACGACAAUAUAUCGUCUUCAGCCCCACGACUCGACAGCGGCGACGGAGUUCUGGUGCAUACCGCGGACCGUUUGCCCGACCAAUGGGUGGCCGACUUGUUUUAUCGAGCGUUGACGAACUUUAGGGUACAGAACGGCGUCGGUUCGUCGGCCUGUCAAAAGCAGACUCGAAUGUACGUCGGUCAUUUGAAAAACAACUCGUACUGGGCAGUGAAAAUGUACGAUUCUUGGAGUCGAUAUCCUAACGGCAUACUUUCGGGUAGAACGCAUCAAAUGGGCGUAUACAGUGAAUGUAUUGACGUUCAUCUGCCUGUUCAAGGACAGUACUGCAUGACAAGCACAAAGCUCAAGACGGCCGACGGUACGAAACCGGUAGACUUGCAAAAAAAGGAUGAAAUGGAAAGUUAUGAUCACGCUUGGUACGAGAUACUUGGGUUCAUUGACUACGAAGACCGAUACCGGAGAAAUGAAGUGAAAAUAGGCAUAUGCAUACCCGAUUCUUGUACCGCUGCGGAUCUUGAAACAUCGUUACAGAAAGAGCUCGACAUCGUAUUUUUGCCUCACCGUGUACAACCCAAAGUCAAAGUCGACCCCAUGCUGUGUUCCACGGACAAGAAUAUGUACCCGUACGAUACCGGAUAUCAUGUCACCAGUGUCUUAAUGUACUUGUCGCUGAUAAUCUGUUGCAUGUCUACAUUAAUCCACAUUAUAGUGCUGACUAUAAAGAAUCAAAAAACAAAUGAUAUCUUACCAAAGUACGUAUUUUGGUUCUCGAUUAUUCAUAACGGCAGGAACUUAAUCAAACACGACAAAAACAACGACCUGAAUGUUUUUAAUGGUUUCAAAGCAGUGACGACAGUGUUGGUACUAUUCUGCCAUAAAUUCAUAUUCCAUUCAACGAGUCCCAUAUUGUACGCGAUGAACAAUGAGAUGGUCUACAAAAUAGGACCAGACAUUUUACUGACGAGCAUGAAUAUAGUGGACCUUUUUUUCUACAUGACUGGUUAUCUCAUGUACGUUUUGAUCAAGCCACAGCUCAUUAAACAUGGAACCGGUUGGAUCCAAAUACCGAUGAUAAUAUUUUACAAGUACUUGAGGGUUCUACCAGCCUAUGUAGCGAUGAUGCUAUUGACGACGUAUUUCAUACCGUAUAUGUACAACGGCCCAUUUUGGGCGUCUAAAAUGUGGCCUGAGGCCCAGAAAUGUAAAAACUACUGGUGGGCAAAUGUGUUGGCAAUCAGUAACUUCAUAGAAGUCGACGACCAGUGUCUCAUAGUCGGAUGGUACAUUUCUUGUUUGCUACAGUUCAUCGUCAUUGGCACCAUACUCAUUAGCGUUUGUGCGAAGUACCGAAAAAUCGGCUUGGGCGCUGUAAUCAUAUGUCUGUGCAUAUCGUUAGCCAUACCAUUUAUUUCGACUUACGUCACUCGAUCAUACGGUAUAGUCAGAGUGUUGAUACCGUUUCUGGAAAACCCAAGCUCUUCCUAUGAGUUCCGGAACUUUUACAGGCCUUUCUACAUGAGAGGCAUUCCUUUUUACGCUGGACUGCUGGCAGGCAGUAUAGUCGAAGAAUUGAAGAAAAAGGGAAUCAGACCAUCAAAACGCGUUGUUUACGUUUGGACAUUUAUCAUAACUACCGUGUGCAUUUUGGUCCAAUUAUACGGUUCGGUGUUUUAUGUGAGACACAGACCCUACAAUGUCAUUGAACAAGCUACGUAUGCCGUUCUUAAACAUUGCACGUGGACGGUUAUACUAUUUUGGAUCACGAUUUGUAACUUUACAUCGGGUUAUGGUCCAAUUGAAAAGGUGUUCAAUAACAGGCUUAUGACGCCCUUGGGUAGAUUGUCUUACGCAGUAUAUCUGGUGAAUAUCCAGGUAAUGAUGAUAAUGGAAAAUAGACAAUCCGCGUCAAUUUCUCCCACUAUAGAAGGAUGGAUCGAUGGUUGGAUCAUCGGUACAUUUAGAACGUAUCUCGCGGGUCUCGCGUUGUACCUCGCCGUCGAAGCGCCAUUUAAUAUAAUGAUAAAAACCAUAUUUUUUGGCAGUGCUGAAAAUAAUAAAGACUGUGCCAAACGAAGUGAUUCCAAAACUGAAAAUAUACCGAUUGAUUCGCGUUUAUAAUGUGAACAAGAAUAAAUUACUGUCGUUUUUAAACUAUGAAUUUUUGUCGCUUCCGUGAUCUUAGAGGCACGCCUUAUGUAACAGAAUUCAAUUAAACCUAUCUGACAGUUUUGAUGCCACACAUAAAGACUACUCUUUUAAACUUCAGACAGUGAUAAUAUGUAAUACUUCCUGGGUCGGCGACCGGUGUAUAUUAAUAUAUAUAGCAACGGAGCAGUGGUUCCUGCUUGGGCAACAAGCCGGGUUAUAAUACAUUAUGUAAAUUCCUGGAAAUUUGCCAUUUGACCUCGAAAUUCACAAUAUUAUGUAAUCUAUUAAAUAUACUACUAUAUAGGUACUAAAAAAAAUUAUUUUUUUGUAUAGAGUAUGCACAAG